GAUGCGCGCCACGGCGUCUGGUGCCAACGUGCUGUUCCUUAACAGCGGCGACUAUUACCAGGGAAGCAUCUGGUACUACUUCCUUGGCGCCCAAAUCGUCGUGGACGCCGUCAACUACCUCGCUCAUGAUGCAAUGACACUGGGAAACCACGAGUUCGACCAUGGUGCCGAUGGGCUGGCGCCCCUCUUAACUGGAAGCCAAGUGCCUAUCUUAGGCUGCAACGUUGACUUCAGUGAUGAACCAAAGCUUAGACACCUACAGCCAAGGGCCGCCCUGACAGUGGAGCGUGCAGGCACCAAGAUUGGCCUCAUCGGCUACUUGACGCCAAAUACCACAUUUCUGUCGAACCCUGGGAGGGUUCGCUUCACCGACGAAGUGGAGUGCAUCCGGCGGGAGGCGCAGAGGUUGCGGCGCGAGGAAGGCGUGCGCGUGAUCAUCGCCAUGGGCCACUCGGGCGUGCCUCGGGACGUGGAGAUAUGCGAGCGAGUGCCCGAGGUCAGCCUCGUCGUCGGCGGCCACACGCACACGUUCCUCUACUCGGGACCUACGGCGGAUGGAGGUCUGGUGUCGGGUGACAAGCCUCAAGGUCCCUACCCCAUAGUGGUGGAUCGUGUGUCCGGCUCUCGCUGCCUGGUGGUGCAGGACUUCUACAUGGGCAAGUACAUGGGCAACAUCUCCGUCACAUGGGAUGAUCGCGGAGAAGUGGUCCAGUGGAGCGGGCAGCCAACGCUGCUAGACAGCAGCGUCCCCGAAGACAGCGCCGCCUGGAGCAGACUCACCACCAGGGACGCCUAUAAAGCCACCCUCCGGCUUCGCACUUCUGGGAUUCGCGGCCACGAGAGCAUAUUGGUGACUUGUGCACUUUGCUUUCUAGAUUCCGCCGGUGUCGCUCUUCUGGAUCGCUACCGUGACCGUGUCGCACAGGGACGAGCAAUGGGUGUGGCCGAGAGCAAGGUGUAUCUGCAGGGAGACAAGCCGACGUGCCGCCUGGCAGAGUGCAACCUGGGCAACCUCAUUAUGGACGCCUUCCUGAAAAAGAUGGCUUCGCUGCCCAGUCCACGAGGAGCUUGGACAAGCGUGGCUGCUGUCAUUGCUAAUGCAGGCGGAAUCAGGGCGUCUAUUGAUGAACAGAGCACAGGUGGCCUGGUCACUUUCGAGGACGUGGUGAACGUUCUUCCGUUCGGCAACACGCUCGUGGUGAUGAACGUGAGCGGUGCACAGUUGAGAAACCUCCUCGAGCAUGGUGUCCACCGGCACGACGCCAAGGGAGAGGUGCCACCCGCAGAAUUCCUCAUCACUGCUGGGCUGCGCGUGGUGUACGACGUCCGACGAAAACCUUACGAACGCGUGGUGGACGCGUUCAUUUUGUGCGCUGACUGCCGUGUGCCUCGGUUUGAACCACUGGAAGAUGCACGGCGUUACCGCGUGGCUGCCAUGAGCUACAUUGUGCGCGGAGGCGACAACUUCAAUUUCUCUUUCGUCGCACCCAGUGAUAUGUACGACACAGGUUUCGAGGAUGCUCAGAUAGUCGUGACCCAUAUGAACGCCACAUCACCGCUCACAACUGCAGUCGAUGGCAGGGUCACCUUUCUGAAGUUGCUGACCGGCCAGACCUCUGCUUCGGAUGGACGCUCUGCCCCGGCUCUUGCCUCCCACCUAGCUUGCCUACUGCUCUUUGUGUUUUUACAUGUUCCAUGACCUUUAGCGCACAAUGAACAAACAAAGAUUGUUCGACUUUUCACUUGCAGCGCUCACAGGGCACGCUCAAUGUGCUUGAAGCAAGCAAUCACUAAAUAUCACAGCGGACAGAGCACAUACCAAUUUGUAUUGUAAAUUCUUAUACAAUUUCAUACCGAAGCCUGUAUAAUAUUGCUUACGCCGUAGCUACCAGAGCCCUAGCGAGCGCAUGCACAUUGCGCCCUGGCAAUUGCCGGGAAGCGUGCCUGGCGCUCAUUAAGACUAUUACGUAAUCCUUGUAAUGAAAAGUUUGACUGCAUUAUUCCACCGCAAAGAAAUAAAAAUGUGAUUUUUCGCAUGCAA